AUGAGAUUCGGUCCGAGUGUGAUCUUUUCUUGCUUGGCCGGUCUUUCGGUGGCAGCGCAAUCAUAUGAUGAGGAUGCUUGCAGUCAAAUCCACAGCCGGGUUGCGAACCCGGGCAAUGACAACCCCUUAGUCACUUUUCCAGGCCAGUUGGCUCUCCGCUGUUUGCGGUCGAUGCCUUUUGAGUCGAAGCUGGCUGUGUCCUUUGUGAAGGAGUAUCGCAAAUAUUUGCAAUUCCACUCGACCCUAGAGACCCUCAAGAACCCACCCUCAGGCUAUCAGAUGCCACCGACCGAUUUGAUGGGAGGAUUGAACGCAAUUCAAGAGAAGGCUGCGGCCAAUCACUACAAGAACCAGUACGAAUUCGACUCAGAUCUGCAAACACUGGUCACCUCGGCGUACGACGGCCAUCUGUCUGCGGAUUUUUGCUCGCACUCCAUCUUUACGUUCCGAAAUGAGCCGCCUUUGGUGUCGAUUUCCACCAACGGGAUCGAUCUCCCAAAAAUCUACACAACUGAGGAUGCUCGGCUGUUGAGCUCUCACCCGCACAAAGUCUCUCCGGUCCAGUCCAUCAACGGAGUCGACGUGGUCAAGCAUAUGAAAAGGAUUUCAAUAUACCAGAAACCGCAGGACUUGGACGCUCUCUACAACACCCUCUUUCACUCGAACGCAAUGAGUAUCGGCAGUACCGGCAACAGCAGUAUGUUCGCUGGAUAUUACAGCUCGACCACCCGAUGGCCCGGCGGAUCCCAAAUUCUGCGCUUUGCGAACGGCUCCAAGACCGACUCGGAAACUAUCGUGCAUUUAAGAGAGUUCCCAUGGCAGAACACCACGGCCUUGUAUGAGAAUUUCUGUGUUGCAAACAAGGACUCGUCUUCCAGCCAGUCAGGCUCAGAAGCUCACCCGCUGCCGCUGCCAGAUGGAUAUCCCGAACCAUUCGUCCGAGACAACUUCAACCGGAUCAUGGGCUUCUUCCCCGAACAUUCUGGCCUCAAGGAUAUCGCGGUGCUGAGCGUCCCGAGCUUCCAGGUUCAGGGUGCGACGUCAGACGGGAAAUUGCCCGACACGGAGAUCGUCGACUUCUCCAACACUGCCCGUGAUUUUCUCGCGAAUGCCACCGACAAGGGUAAGAAGAAGAUGAUCGUCGAUUUGUCGGGCAAUCCUGGUGGUAGUGUCCUGGCUGGCGAUAAUCUGUUCCGCAUGUUCUUCCCAGACAAGGUACCCUACUCGGCUGGGCGGUUCCGGGCUCACGAUGCCGUCAAUUUGCUUGGAAAAGUUGCUUCUCCUAUUGUUCAACGGCCCGACUCUAUUCUGAAGGGGUUUCCUCCAUUUGACUGGACAUCGAUGGUCCAACCGGACCAGAAGAAAGGAUUCAAGUCGUGGAAAGAUUUAUACUCCCCGCGGAAUAUCUCGGGAGUCGAGUCCUCCAGUCUCUUUGCCACCAAUUUCUCGCGCGUUUCCGAGCACGAAGUUCCCAUCAAUGGUUACGGCAAUGUGAUGCUCAACCCGUCUAAAGCGGCCUUUGAGCCCGAGGACAUCAUCAUGAUCACCGAUGGCUACUGCGCAUCUACCUGCACUGUCUUCGCCGAGCUCAUGAAAGAGCAGGGUGUCCGGACCAUCGCUUUUGGCGGCCGCCCGCAAUUUGCUCCGAUGCAGGGCCUGGGCGGGACCAAGGGCGCGCAGGUGCUUCAGUUCUCCCAGAUUGCGUCAAUCCUGCCCAUGGCCAAAUCCCUGGCCAAGCAGACGCUGAACAAAGAGGAAUACAAGAAGUGGGAGCGCGUGGUGCCUAUCCCUCUCAAGGACUUCCCUCUGACGCUGUACUCGGGCGGGGUGAACCUCCUGAGUGCGUUUAGCUCUAAGAACGACAAGGUUCCGCGCCAGUUUGUCUACGAAGCUGCCGAAUGCCGCCGCUUCUUUACCGCUGAGAACAUCGACAAGCCCGUGUCUAUCUGGUCUGCUGCCGCCGACUCCAUGUUCCAUGGUGGUCCCUGUGUGCCGUUUUCAACUAAUGGCACCGGCAGUCUUCAUCCCGAGGAGAAAUCGACUAAUGAGAAGCUGAUUUCGCUGUUUUUGGAGUUCCUGUCGGGCUUUAAAGCUCACAUUGUUUAG